AUGACGUUUUCAGCGUUCUAUAGAUCCUCCUUGAGGCCUCUCUCCGGCGUUCCCCUGCGGACACAGCUUAAUACGCGUCGCGCCCUUCAUCUCGCACCACCUUGGUUGCUCGACGAUUACAUCCCGCGCUACCACCUUAUAUCCUCGCUCGACGCAGCUAAGAAGCGCUCACUCGCAUACGCACAUCUUCGAGAAUGCAACCUCUGCCCGCGUCUCUGCGGUGUCAAUCGUUACAAGACGACGGGCGUCUGUCUGAUCGGAGCAGAGAAGGUCAAAGUGAACACCAUCGCGCCGCAUUUUGGAGAAGAACCCUGCCUGCAGGGACAUAAUGGAUCGGGAAGCGUGUUUUUCUCGGGGUGUAAUCUGAGAUGCGUUUUCUGCCAGAAUCACGAUAUUGCGCAUCAGCGGAAUGGGUUUGAUCUGACACCGGAGGAGCUGGCGGGGUGGUAUAUGAAGUUGCAGGAAGUUGGGAGAUGUCACAAUAUCAAUCUCGUCACUCCAGAGCACGUCGUGCCCCAAGUCGUCCUCUCGAUCCUCCAUGCGCGCGAACUUGGCCUUCGUCUCCCGAUCGUCUACAAUACUUCGUCGUUCGACAGUCUUGAGAGCUUGGAACUAUUAGAUGGCUUAGUGGAUAUAUACCUGCCAGAUUUCAAGGUGUGGAGCGAUAAGACAAGCAAGCGCUUGCUCAAGGCGGAUAAUUACACUGCCACCGCGAUGGAGAGCAUCAAGGCCAUGCAUGCUCAGGUGGGGGAUCUCUGCUUCACAGGUGACGGCAUAGCAAAGAAGGGUGUGUUGGUGCGACACCUUGUCAUGCCGGGCAAGGAAGACGAGGGCAAAGAGAUCGUGCGCUGGCUGGCUGAGAAUGUUUCUAAAGACAUAAUGGUGCACAUCAUGGAGCAGUAUUUCCCUCGUGCCCACGUCGGGAAGCCGCGCAGGGGAGGCAAGGACCCUGAGGUGGUCGAGCCCGGAGGCGUGCCUGCCACGGAAGGCGCAAAGACCCAGGUGCGGUACGCAGACAUCAAUCGCCCGGUCGAUCUGAAAGAGGUGGCAUCUGUGACCCAGGCUGCGAAAGACGCUGGCUUGUGGAGGUUCGUUGAAGCGGCGAGACACGGCGGCUUCAACAUAUGA